AUGGGGAACUGUUUGCCGUUACUGUUCCCGAACUUAUUGCGUAGCGACGAUCACUCCGCACUGGAAGAAGUCAUUGAUAAUGCUAGCGGCAGUAAUACUAUAAUGAGAUAUCCCGAUUCAGAGUUACAGAGUGCAUACACAAAUGAACUGUGGGUCUCAGAAACAAGCAGCGAAAGAAGGCGACAAGAAUUAUUGAUAGAAGACCCUAAAAAAGUUCACGUGUCAACACUACUAGAACAGAUUCCUGCUGACACAUAUAAAGAAGAAGCAAAAAUGAGAGAUAUCGAGUGUCCAAUUUGUAUGAUAGAUUUCGUUGAUGGUGAUCCGAUUCGUUAUUUGCCUUGUAUGCAUUGCUAUCAUAAGAAUUGUGUGGAUGAUUGGUUGAUGCGAUCGUUUAGCUGUCCAUCGUGUAUGGAACCCGUUGACUCAGCCAUGUUAUCAUCAUUUACUGCACAUACACUUAUAGGUUUAGAAUCAUUGACUUGUUCUUCGGCUGCGUCUGGCAUACAUCACAGUUUGCCACCUGCGUAA